GUUUUGAUUUUGGCCUCAGCUAAGAAACUUUUUAGUUGUAUGAACUAAAUUUAAUUUUUGGUAACUUGAUUCAUUCAAUUAACUAUUAAUAAUGAAAAUAAGUCAAAAAUUUUGUUAUUUCUGUAAUAAAUCAUAUUUAAAAUCAAAUUUACAACGUCACAUAGAUUCUGUUCAUUAUAAGAAAAUUUUAAAAACUUGCAAUAUUUGUAACAAAAGUUUCAAAUCCGAUACACACUACCAAUAUCACAUGGCUCAACAUGAAGACAGACGAGAAUUUCAAUGCAGUUUAUGUGUUAAAACAUUUAACACAAAUCAGGACUUGUGGCAACAUUCAAGAAAUCACAAUAAGAAAGAAGCAUCAACGACAAAGAUUUCACCUGAAACUUUUCCAAAUAAUCAACUGCACAAAUCACAUCAAAACAAACAUGAACAGAAAAAAGUAAACAACGUUUGUCCCUUUUGUGACAAAACUUUUCGAUACCUUAAUGAUCACAUAAAAACUGUUCAUUAUGAACACAAAUAUUUCUGUGGCUUUGAAGGAUGUAACAAGAGUUUUGCAAAGCUGGGUGGCUUAAAUCGCCAUUUAAAAAUUCAUUGUGAUGACUUCAAAGAUUUCCACUGUCCUGUAUGUUCAAAACGUUUCGCUGAAAAAUCUCAACUUGAGAGACAUUUUCAUGUUCAUUUCAAAGCAGAAAAGAAAACAGAUUUUAGAUGUGAUAAAUGUUUAAAUUAUUACAACCGCCAGUCUGAUUUAAAACGACACAUAAAAUCAAUUCAUAGCGAGAAGAAGUACCAAUGUGAUCAAUGUGAUCGUCGAUUCAGAUCUAAAUUUGAAGUUCUUCAACACUUCAAAGUUAUUCAUUUAGGUCAGAAAGCAAAAAGAAGUAAACGUCCUCCAAAAGUCCCCUUUAAUGAUAUUUUAAAUCAUGUUUAUGAUGAAAUUAUUGUAGAAGCCCUUGACGACACAUUUGAUAUCACAGAAUCUCUUGAUAAUACCGAGCACAUUGAAUUUGAUUAUUUAAUUUCCGAAGAACAACAAUUAAUGAAUGAAGCAAUCUUUUUGCAAGUGUUUCAACCUCCAAUAAAAUGGGAAUGUCAACGUUGCAAUCGUUUUUAUGAAACACCUGAAAAACUAAAACUUCACAAUAUUCGUAAUCACAAUUGGAAAUGUAAGAAAUGUCCAAACACCAAAGACACCAUCAAUAUUUUCUACAGGAAAGAAGAUUUUCAACUUCAUUGGAUUGAAAUUCACAAUGAUGAGACUUUCCCUGAUAAACUUGAAUGUACAAUUUGUGGUGACAUGUUUGCAACUAAAGCUGCACUUUGUAAUCACAACAGAAAUGAACAUAAAUUAGAAUCAAUUAAAAAAGUAUAAAUAAAGCAUUUUUUAUCAUAUCAUA